AUGGCUAAUGAGACCAAAGAUCUUCACAACUAUCACUACACUUCACCGUAUAGUCACUACAACAACAACUUCAACAACCAAAAUAUUAUUAAUCUCCCUUACGUUACCGGUCCGUCUACCUAUAAUGCAAACAUGAUCUCAUCACAAAUCGGUUCUGAUCUACACUCAAGUCCUCAAGGAGCAUACGAAUUGGGUUUCGAGCUCUCGCCACCUUCCAGCGAGUAUUUUAAUCCUUCGAUCGAUCAAGAAAACGGUUUUUAUAAUGGUUAUAAUUAUAAUAACAGUCACAAGAGUCAUGAAGUUGUUGGUGGUGGUAGUGCAAUCGUUGAGGGUGAAACUAGGGAUCCUGCAUCUCCUUCUUCGAGUGAGGCCGAUCAUCAUCACGGCGAAGAUUCCGGCAAGAGCCUUAGGAAAAGAGAAGCUGCCGAUGGAGGAGAAGAUGAUCAACGCUCUCAAAAAGUAGUUAAAACGAAGAAGAAAGAUGAGAAGAAGCAAAGAGAGCCACGGGUCUCGUUUAUGACUAAGACCGAAGUUGAUCAUCUCGAAGACGGCUAUCGUUGGAGAAAGUACGGCCAAAAAGCAGUCAAAAACAGUCCUUAUCCGAGGAGUUACUAUAGAUGCACGACGCAGAAGUGCAACGUGAAGAAGAGAGUUGAGAGAUCUUAUCAAGAUCCAACGGUCGUGAUCACCACCUAUGAAAGUCAACACAACCAUCCGAUCCCGACCAGUCGCCGCACGGCAAUGUUCGCUGGAUCCGCCGCACCUGAUCAUAACUCAUCGUCGCUGUCUCCAGUUUCCGAUUUCAUCAUCAAUACUCCGAGAAGCUUCUCACGUGAUGAUCUCUUCCGUGCGCCAUACGCUAGUGUGAAUGUAAACCCAAACUAUCCUCAACAACAAAACCAAGAGUUUCAUCAUGAGAGUGAGUAUGAGCUUUUGAAGGAGAUGUUUCCUUCGGUUUUCUUCAAGCAAGAACCUUGA